AAGGAGAAAAUAAACAACGAGGAUGAAAUGACCCGGUUACGUUGCGCUGUAAACGGACCGGAAGUAAACGUGGGAUAACUCUUGUUUUCUCUCUCUAAUGUCUUUAAGAGGAACUCUUCAUCCCUGUUCCACACCGGUUGAUCAUUGGAGCAGUUUCACAGCCAGGCCACUUAUUUGCACCUUCAGUGGAAGCAUUACCUUGACCAGGGCUCUUCCUGGACCCUGGCCAAGCAAAGAUGGCAACGACAGGUGAGCAAGAUGUAGUGGCUGAGAGUGUAAGCCUUCUCACCACCGAACAGUCGACUGCAACUCCAACAGCAGUCACCGAACUGGUGGUCAUACCACAACAGCAACUGUCAUCCACCUCGGCCGCUGACGUUCUGGCGGCCACUGUCCUGACUACAACCACACUCGAACAAGAGCAACAACAACAACAACAACAGCAGCAACAGCAACAAUACCAACAUCAUCAUCAACAACAGCAAUACCACCAUCAACCACAACAUCAACACGAGCAGUGCUCGGACAAAAUCAGCGAGGAUUUACUUGUGAGCAAAGCCCUGAUUGAGAUUGGGGCAAACGAAGCCUGUCGAGAUUUACUCAAUGCUGGGGACGAGUUCGAAGACUUUUCUGCCCUGUCUUCUGCUAUAGCAGCUGUCUGCAAGCUGACAAAUGCUGUGUUCACCAUCCAUGACUGUCAAACAAUUGCCAAAGCUAACCGAUCCCGAUGUGUCAAAGUCGAACCUUUAGACGAGAAGUUCAAAUACAAAUACGUCAAAUAUGUUUGUAAACAGUUUGGUUACUCGAGACGACGGACUGUGCCUGGCAUACGACCCAACCAAAAAACAUAUAAAACUGGAUGUCCUGCUCUAAUUGCUGCAUCAGUUGACCGAGAGAAGCAGAGAAUGGUGAUACGAUCCAUCAAUUUAAACCACUCGCAUCAGAUGCUGGGUCACAUGUACCCUGAGAACCGCAGGCAGUCUCUGUCACCCAACGUCCUCACGGAGACAUACCGGCUAAUAGACAUUGGAAUGAAGACCAAGAACAUCCGAGAGUAUAUAUGCAAUGUGACUGGCAAACAGUUAACAACGAGGGACAUUAACAACUUGAAAGCCAAACGCAAAAAAGAACUCAGCCCUCCACUUAAUCACAACACCAGCAACAUGGUUAACCACAACAACAACAUUCAUAAUAAUAAUAAUAAUAACAAUAUCAAUAAUAACAACAACAUCAUCAACUGUAAUGAUGGCCACACAAAGAAAAAGAAACGAGGGACACGAGAUAUGGAAAUAACUUCACCAAUUUCUAGCCAUGUAUUUGAUAUUUCCAAAGGUCUGCCUGCAACUGGUGUACCUGUCUUAUUAUUUAUUCAGAUUGAGAAGCGAUCUUGGAAACUGCUUCAGAAAAGUGCCAGUAGCAUUGAUGGUCAUGUUGCAUUCCUUGCUGGACAAAAAAUCGUUAAGACAACAGUGUAUAAGCUACUGUUUGAUACAGAGUCUUAUUUCAAAAUCACAGACCAGUCAGCUUUUUAUCCCUACAUUGAGCUUGUGUUCCAAGUGAUGGACCCAACACUGAUACACCAUAUUCCAAUUCAAAUCAGCCCUCACAGCUAUUCCUGCCACAGAGAACUUAUCCAGCAGAACCCCAGUGUAACUUCGUCCUUUCCCCAGAUGUCACCAUCGCCCACAACUCCUGCUUCGCAUAUAUCAUGAGACUGUCACCAUCAUUGUUAAACCUCUGGACACAAACCACUCCUCACACUCAAGUGUUUCCUUUUACUCACCAACUUCCCAAGAGUGUGACUAUUAAACAUAUAUAUAUAUGCAGACGUUUACUCCCACUCAAAUGUCAUGCUUACCUCAUAUUAAUUGUUAUCUCUGUUAUCUUUUGAGUGUAAGUGCAAGCAGAUAGUUAAGCUUCACUCUUAUUUAAGCAUGUGACUUUUCUCAGGUCUUUCAUUCCCAGUGAGAGUGUGUAUCAUACAGCUAACAACACAGAUAGGUUUCACUCUCACUCAAGUGUCAAGGUUUCCUUGUGUCUCUUUGCUCGUUGAUGUCCCAAGAAGUGUGAGCAUCGCACAGCUUAGAGAGACAGUUAAACUUCACUCUCACUCGAGUAACAAGCUUUCAUCACAUAUCUUUACUGAUAUCUUGAAUGUGUAACCUUAAGGCAGCUCAAACAUACACACACACAAAUGUGCUCACACUUAAUAUUUACCCUUCACUCAAAUUUGGGCUUUCUUCAGAUCUUUGUUGGUCUCCCAAGAGUCUGUGUGAAACCACACACACACUCUCACAACUCUCUACUUUUACCAAAGAAACGAAAAUUUAUUUAAAUUAUUCUUCCAGUGAAAAGCAAAGAAAAAAAAA